UUUAAAUAUCGUUAUCAAAAUGGUUGUUUUUGUUAAACAUUCAAACACACAACACAAAAAAGCCAUAAACAGCUUGUUAACAAUAUUAACAAUUGCAAUAUUGUUAGUGCCACAUACAGUAUUAACAUCACCAAUUAUGUUACAACAAUUAUCAAAUAAUAUUGAUACAAUGUUAACAGAAGCACAACAAUUAACAAGUAACAACAAUGAUAAUAAUAACAGCAAUAAUGAUGAAGUGCCAUGGUUAUUUAUACCAUGCGGAAAUUCAAUAAUGGAAACGAAAAAACCAAAUCCAUUGUCUACAAUGAAUAGAGCCGUACAAUGUAGAAAGCAAAAAGUUUCAAUGGCUGAUAUUGAACGGAUAAUUUUGAUGGCACAUCAAGCGAUUGUUAAAAUUCAACAAGUGAUACAUAGUAAAAUAUUCGAUUUACAGGCACGAGAUAUGUUAACAGCGGCUUUAAAAGGGUCAAGGUGUAAUGUUCACAAAAAAGCUGAACUUUUAAAAGCUUUCCGAAAAAGACAAAAGAACAGAAAGAUAAAUUUAACCGAACAAUUACCAAAAAUUCACCGUGAAUUACAAAACUUAACAUAUAUUUUCUAUCGUUUACAACAAAUCAGAGUGCUCACAUCAAUCGAAGAUCCAAACCUUAAUAAUCGUACAGAAAUGAUUAAACAAACGAAACAUGUCAUAAACGUUCUUCUAUGCGAGGUAGAACAAACAAUCAACAAUUCAUGUAGUGAUCAUUUAAUACAUCGUGUAACAUUACAAGAAUUACAAGAAAUCAAUGAACAACAAAUUCCACAAACAAUAUCCAGUACUGAUUUACAAAUCGAAGAUUUAAAAUAUUUAUAUCAAACGGAAGAAGCAUUAUGUGAACAUUUAGAGCUGAUGCAAUUUGUUAAACAUAAACGUGAAAAUAAACAGCAUCGAAAUCAUAAAGAUGGAAUUAUGUACGAUUAGUCACGGAUUAAAUAUAUAAAAAAUAUCAAGUACAGAUAGAAAUAACUGUGCUGAGAGUUUUGGGAAGGCAAAACUGAAUAUAUAUUUUUAAAAAAAAAUAUUACUCAACAUUAUUUAAAAUAUGGGAGCAGAGAGAGUCCAAGAGUGAGCGUACCAAGCCAGGAGACUAAACAAAUUUUUUUUAAAAUAAAAUGUAACGUAUGUAUUUUUAUUUUUGAAAGAUGGUAUUUUGGUUUGGGUGCCUAAGCUGCUUACCUCGCUUAAUUUGUAGUAUUUUUAAUUAUAAUUUUUUUUUUCUAAAAACAUU